UACUCUGUAUAUUUACAGACAGCUCACAAGCUGCUCCCUCUGGUGCACGUUUGCUUUUCUCUGUUGAUCUUUGUGUCAUCUGACUACUUAACAGAAAAAUAUAGCUGCUGACAAGAGCAACCUUCUAUUUCAACAGGAACCUGCGGAGAGAAAGGCAAUCUUAUUUUUUUUCUCUCUGAAAACUGCCCAAGAAUAUAAAAUAUCAUAACUUUACAGUGGAUAUUUUUGUUGCAUUUGCUUCCUUGUGGUAGCACUGGUUUUAGUUUGCUGCUGCGGAACUGUUUAUUUUAAAAUGGGAGGGCAGGGCAGGCAGAUCGGGGGCCUGGCACUGUGUUUGAUUGGUGUUAUAGGAGUGUGUUUGACAUGUGGGCUGCCAAUGUGGCGUGAAAUGUCUUUUGUGGGAGCAAAUAUUGUGACUGUGGGUAAGUUGAUUUGCAGUACAUCACAGAAAGAUUCAUUUCACUUACUAGAUGUUAAACUGGAUCAUUUCCAUUGUGCUGGGCAGCAGCUCUACCAUGUUGUAUGCAGUUAAUAAGAAAAACACUUAACGCCUCACUGAAAUUGCAUGAAAACAAAGGGGUAAGAAUCAGCAAAGCAGGUCAGUGUCAAAGUGUAAAGACUUUAAAUUGAAUUUGGAUUUCUGCAUCAACACAGAGCAUAACUGAAUUUAUGAGAUGCUUCCCACCACAAAAAUAAGACUUCAGGACUUAUGAAAUAGGGCUUAUGUGAGGUCACUCACAUCAGAACUUAAUUUACGUCUCGUCUAGCUUUUAAAAUCUUGGUGAAGAUUCCCCGUUUGUGUUUUAGGUGUGGGAUGGUCUGUGGUUACACUGUGUCAUCCAGGCAACAGGUCAGAUGCAGUGUAAGAGACACACAACGUCCGACAUUAUGACCCCUGACAUCCAGGCUGGACGUGCCCUCACAUUGCUCUCCAUCCUCGCCGGCCUCCUGGGCUUCAUUGUCGCCCUCCUCGGAGGAGGCGUAGCCAACUGUCGUGGAGCUCCACCUGACCCUGUUGAACCUCCAUCUACAUCUUCAUCCAAAAAGAAGGCGUGUCUGCUGGGUGGAGCUCUGUGUGUCCUCUCUGGCAUCCUGUGCCUGGUUUCAGUCAGCUGGUCAGCAGGAGCAACCCUCUCAGUCUACAAUGACCCCUUUGUGGCUGCUGCCCUGAAGAGGGAGGUGGGCUCCUCCAUCUAUGUAGGCUGGGCCUCCUCUCUGCUGCUCCUCCUCGGUGGUGCUCUGAUCUGCUUUGUCUGUGGCAAGAAGGAGAGAUCCCAACCUUCCUACUACUCCCCCUUGCCGUACAGUUCAAGCACUCAAUUCAGCAACAGUUCCUCCCGCACAGCCACGCUGAGGUCUGAUGUCCUGAGACCAAACAGCUCCAGGGUGUUUGAUAAUACACCGAGUAGGGCGGUAGCGCACGUAGCCCAAGUGUAUGACUAUAACACCCUGAAUAAAGCUCAGAGUGGGGUUGGGCUCUAUGAUCAACCUCAGGGGGACACAACCAGAAUCUGAACAGGGGACUUUAGGACGUAAUCCAUCAAACAAAUCAGGGACACCAGACAGAGGGACGGGCUUAUUCAUGGGAAUGAAGCCGACACCACUGCAGAGUGAAUAUUAUUACAGGGCCUAAUCCGCAUGGAUGGAUCUGCAUGGAUGAUUGUUUUGCGAAUGACUGAACACAGGAGUCACUAAGAUAUUAAGUGUGGUCACAGAUAGUUUCUGUUUAAAUUUUAUCCAGCCUCCAUUACUGCAAUGAUGAGUCACAACGCAUACUGACUGGAGUGAAAUGAGAUUGUUUUUGACAACGUUUAGGCAACUUACCAGGAAAUAAAAUAAGAAGAACAAGGACAAUGAAUAAUAAAAUAAAUGGAAAUAAAACUGUGUUAAUCUGUUUAGUUUAGAAUCUCAGUGUCUUUUAAAAACACUUUUCAUUUAAUAGAAUAAACAGGCUUCCUUCUCAGGAAUCCACUCACUGCUAUCUUCAUCAAGAUGUGGGACA